UAUGACGUCCCUUAUAUCCCAGCAUCCAUUUCGUGUUUGAAUAACUGUGACUGGCGGGUAGUGCUUAAAUGAGUUUUGAAAUGCAUAAUGAGAUUAUUUAAAACGAAUUCUGAUAUUCGGAGUACAUCAGCUUGGUCUAUUUUAUGUUGUAUUGACAGCUAAGGUUUUAUGGUUCGUGAGAAUUUAAAUCAGUGACAGCUGACGUCAAGUGCUUAAUAACCCGAACGGCAUGGCAAGCGCGGUGCCGGGCUCCAUGCGGACGAUUCGCUGAAACUUUCUGCACAGCCGGCUGGGUAGCUAACGCUAGCUACUAGCUACCUGCUUAUUCUGGAAGCAGUAUUCAUAGCUUGCUACCUAAGAAUAUUCCAUUCAGUCAAGAAUGUGAUAAUUAGAUGCUCGUGUAAGUUAUAUUUAAGAGUAUCUCGUUCGUUUAAAAUUGGACUUUCGGUUCGCUCAAGGAAAUGGCCAUGAGCGCUGUUUAUUCAGUAGCCGUAGUUCUGGUUUUGUCGAUAAUGCACUCUUCAGUUUAUACAUCAAGCUCCUCCAAACUCAAUAUCCCAAAAGUCUUACUGCCCCUGGCGAGGGGCACCCGGAUUAACUAUACGCUGGAAGCGACCGACGGCUGCUACAGAUGGUCCUCUACCAGGCCAGAGGUGGCCAGCGUUGAGGCGGUAGAUGUGGACGAUCGACAGUGCUCCCAGAAGGCCGUGCUGCAGGCACGCUCCAGCCAGCCAAUCAGACUCACCAGCAUCAUUCUGGCAGAGGACAUCUUGACGGGACAGGUGUUGAGGUGUGAUGCGAUCGUUGACAUCAUCAGUGAGAUCCAGGUGGUGUCCACCACACGGGAACUGCAGCUAGAGGACUCUCCUCUGGAGCUGAAGAUCCAGGCACUCGACACUGAAGGAAACACGUUCAGUACUCUUGCCGGGCUGGCUUUCGAUUGGACGAUUGUGAAAGAUGCAGAGACGGCCAGAUUCUCCGACUCCCACAACGCACUGCGAGUCCUCCGGUUCUCAGAGUCCACAUACACGCCCCCCCGCUACAUCUCCCUCAUGGAGCGGGCGGGGAGGCAGGGGGACAUCAUCCUCGUCUCCGGCAUCAAAACAGGACAUGCCAAACUCAGGGCGCGGAUCCAGGAAGUGCUCUACAAGGACGUGGUCCCUGCGGAGGUCAGGCUCCUGAUCCUAGAGAACAUUCUGCUGAACCCGGCCUCUGACGUGUACCUGCUGGUGGGCACCUCCAUACGCUACAGCGUCCACAAGAUCCGGCAGGGCAAACUCACAGAACUCUCCAUGCCGUGUGAGCAGUAUGAGCUGCAGCUGCAGAACGGUGUCGGCCAAUCAGACGCUGACCCAACACUGGGUGUGGCCAAACUCGACCCCGCCUCCUCCACCGUACAGGCCCUCCAACUCGGCCACAUCAACGUGGUGCUCGACCACAGCAGUCUUCGUCUGCAGGGGGCGUCUCGCCUGCCCAACAGCACUCUGUACGUGGUGGAGCCGGGGUACCUGGGGUUUAAAAUUCAGCCCGGGGACCGAUGGGCCCUGCAGACAGACAGGGUGUAUGAGGUCACCGUCCUGGUGUUCGAUCAGUCCGGCAACCGCGUGCACGUGGAUGAUAAUAUACGGAUUGAUGCUGCGUUUCAGGAAGAGUACUUUGAGGUUCUGGAGUCGUCGCUAAAUGGAUCGUACCACCGCGUACGCACCCGGAGACCGGGCCAGACGCUGCUCAAUGCCGCGUUGCGGUCUGUGAUGGAUCAGAAUGGAGGAGUACACAUGAUUCCUGUUCCAGUGCGAAGUCAGCAGGAAGUGGAAAUCUACAAUCCCAUAAUUCUCAGUCCCAAGAUUCUCACAUUUCCAUGGCAACCAAAAGUAGGCGCGUACCAGUACACCAUAAAGGCCACAGGAGGCAGUGGGAACUUCAGCUGGUCCUCCUCCAGCCCUGCUGUUGCCACGGUGACGGUGAAAGGGGCGAUGACCACAGGAAGUGACAUCGGCGUGAGCGUGAUCCAGGCCCAGGAUGUGCAGAACCGCCUGCACUACGGAGAGAUGAGGGUGUAUGUGGUCGAGCCCGUGGGGAUGGAGUUCUGCCCCUGCCAGGUGGAGGUGAGGCAGGGGCAGGUGCUGGAGCUGCCCCUGCGGAUUCUGGGGAUGCUGGACGGGGGCAGGGAGGAGGGGGGCAGCGGGGAGCAGGUGAUGCUCAGCGACUGCUCGCACUUCCAGCUGCAGGUGCACAUGGAGACUCAGGGCGUGUUCCAGCUCCUGCAGGGGAGCCUGGCCCCGGGGCUGGGACACUGCAGUGGAGUGCAGGUGGAGGCUCUUGCUCCAGGUCACACCUCCCUGCAGGUCACCUACACACAUGGCCAAGUGCACCUCAGCGCCAAAAUCACCAUCGCUGCCUACAAACCUCUCAAAGCGGUUGAUCCUGUGUCGGUUGCCGUGGUAACCUUGGGCUCCUCUAAAGACAUGCUGUUUGAGGGGGGUCCGAAGCCCUGGGUUCUGGAACCUUCCAAGUUCUUCAGGAAGCUGACAGCGGAGGAUGCUGAGAGUGUGGGCCUGGAGCUGUGCGGGCCCACCUCACGCAGCUACACUCAGCACUGGGUCCGAGCUACAUGCAGGGCUCUGGGGGAGCAGGUCCUUGCUAUAACAGUGGGGAAUCUGGCCAGUGUGACUAACCCGUUCCCUGCCUCUGAGCCCGCGGUGGUGCAGCUGGUGUGUGCCCCCCCCUCCCGCCUCACACUCGUCCCCGUGUACGGCAGCCCCCACCUGGACCUGUCCUGCCCCCUGCUGCAGCAGAACAAGCAAAUGGUCCCUGUUUCAAACUACCGGAACCCGGUGUUGGACCUGGCGGCUUAUGACCAGCAGGGCCGGCGGUUUGAUAACUUCAGCUCUCUGAGCCUCGUCUGGGAGUCCAGCAGGGAGGGGCUGGCCAGCGUCACGCCCGCCCUGCCAAUCAAACUGUCUCUGACGCAGGACCGCAAUGGACAGAGGAAGCUCCACGGUCUGCAGACAGUGGAGGUGCACAGGCAGUCGGGGGUGGUGGCGGUCACAGUGAGUGCAGUGGGGUACCAGCCCUCCCACACUGAACCAGCACGGGUGCACACUCCGUAUGACCCCCUGACCCUGGUUUCGGCCACGCUGGAGCUGCUGCUGGUGGAGGAUGUGCGGGUCAGCCCUCUGGAGCUCACCAUAUACAACCACCCCGACGUGCAGGCGGAACUGACUCUUAAAGAAGGUUCUGGAUUCUUCUUUGUCAACACGAGCACCGGGGGAAUCGCAGAUCUGGUGUACCGGGAAUCCCAAGGAACUGUAGAGGUGCGCCCCCUGCAGGCGGGGCUGGUGUCGCUGAUGGUGCACGACCUCUGCCUGGCGUUCCCCGCCCCCGCCACCGCUAACCUGCGCAUCGCAGACAUCGCCCAGGUCACCAUCCGCGUGGUAGAUAAGGUGGAAAUCGGGCAGGCAGUGCGAGCGUAUGUGCGCGUGCUGGACGAGGACAAGCAGCCCUUUCUGGCCAAAUACUUUCCCCUGAUGGGCCUGAAGCUGAAGGCCGCGUCCUCCAUCGUGUCUCUGUCGCACCUGGCGGAGUCUUCGGAGGCCGACACAGCAGUAUUCCAGGUUCAGGGCGUGGCCGUGGGGCAGACCUCUCUCUCCGCCGAGCUGCUGGACCGGAGGGGGAGAGUCCUGUCUGCCCCGCAGCCAAUGGAGGUGUUUCCCCCCUUCAGGCUGCUCCCCCGGAGGCUGUGUGUGAUCAUAGGAGCCACGAUGCAGAUUACUUCAGAGGGGGGGCCUCCUCAGUCCAGCAUCCUGUUCUCUAUCGCUGGGGGCGACGUGGCGUCGGUGGACCGGCUGGGUCAUGUGAGGGGAAUCACCGUGGGCAACGUUACAGUGACGGGCUGGGUGCAGGCACUGGACCUGGAGAGCGGGAAGCAGGUGGCGGUUUCCCAGGAUCAGGUGGAAGUGGAAGUUGUGCAGUUGACUGGGAUCAGAAUCCGAGCGCCGAUCACCAGGAUGCAGACGGGGACACAGAUGCCUGUGUAUGUGAUGGGGAUGAGCAGCAGCCAGACGCCCUUUUCCUUUGGCUCUGCGCUGCCAGGGCUGAGCUUCCAUUGGACCGUCAUAAAGCGGGACGUCCUGGAGCUACACACACGCCACUCUGAGGCGUUGGUGCAGCUGCAGCCGGAGCACAGCUUUGCAAUGAGCGUGCACGGCCGGGCGAAGGGCCGCACCAGCCUGAAGGUGACGGUCAGAGCCUCAGACCCCCAGGCCGGACACCUGGCGGGGAACGCAGCCGAGCUUUCUGAUGAGAUACAGGUCCAGGUGUACGACAGACUGCACUUACUGAAUCCAAAAGUGGAGCUGGAGGAUAUCCGGAUGUCCCCAAACUCUGUACUCAAGCUGCGGACUAACAGGGAUGGGGUGGCCCGGCUGUCGUACCUGGUGCUGGAGUGUCCUGAUAAAGGGGCCCUGGUGCAGGUGGAUGAAGCUGGUCUCCUGUCAUCUGGCUCUCUCACUGGCUCCGCCUCCCUACUGGUCACUUCUCAGGAGCCGUUUGGCAUCAAUCAGACCGUCAUCGCUGCUGUGAAGGUGGUUCCGGUGGCGUAUGUGCGGUUCAGCACCAGCCCGGUUCUGCACGCGGCUAACCGGGAGACGCUCAUCGCCGUUCCCCUGGGAACCGUGCUCACGUUCCGCGUGUUCUGCCACGAUGCCAGCGGCCAUGUUCUUCAGGCCCACAACGCCGCUCUCCGGUUCUCCACCAACAGGGAUGACCUGGUUCUGAUUGGCCGGGGGCCUGAUAACUCCACUCUGACGGUUCGGACGGUGAGCGUGGGCGUCACCCUGCUGGGCGUGUGGGACGCAGACCAAGUGGGUGUGGCCGACUUCCUGUCUCUGCCCGUGCAGCACGCCGUCCUGCCCAGCGAGGCACAGAGCCUGGUGGUGGGUGAUGUCAUCUGCUUCAGCACCCUGCUGGGCAGUCCGGUGGAAGGGCUCACAGGCACUUGGAGUUCCUCUGGGGGCGGAGUCCUGCAGCUGGACGCUGGGACGGGUGUGGCUGUGGCCCGGGACGCGGGCUCCGUCACCGUGUUCUACGAGAUCCCCGGACAGCAGAAGACCUACAGAGAGGUGGUUGUGGGCGUGGCACACCAGACCUCGGUAACGCCUCAGACUGCAGCGGUGACGGAGGGAAGUGAAUCUCGUGUGCUGAUCACCACCCGCCAACGCGGCCCCAACCUGAUAGGCUCCUGCUCGUCUGCGCAGCUGAAGGCCAUCCCACAGCUGCAGCCGCAGUCCAGCAUCAGCUGCCAGCUGCACUUCAGCAGCGGCGCCAUCGAGUUCCCUGCACACGACGUCUUCAGCACAGAGACUUCAUUCGACCCCGGCACAGGGUGUUACAGCUGCGUGGUCUCCUGGCGCUCUCUGUCGGAGCCCCAGCGCCGGGCUCUGGCCCUGGCCCCCGCCGGACUGGUGGUGCAGGCAGGCCUGGAGGGCAGCUCUUUCUCCACCGAGCAGGGCAGCGCACAGCUGACGGUCAGCUCUGGCCUCUACUCUGAGCAGAAGGAACUGCUCCUGAGUGCCCAGCACCCGGCCGCCGAGCUGAUCGUCUACGGGCCGGCCGCCUCCCUGGACAGCCUGGAGGUGUCCUGCAGCUCCCCGCUGCUGCAGCUCCAGCAGCAGGGUGUGGUUCGGGGGAGCCCCAGCUUUGCCAGGUUUACAGUCACGAUGGCCAAACCCAGGCUGGCCAAUCAGGACGCCACUUCUGCGGUCAUCUCCAUGGCGACGGGCACGCCCCCUGGACACACCCUCCUCCUGCCAGUCACCAUCAUCCCCACAGCCCAUCACCAUGGCGAUGUGCAAGCUUCUCCAUCCGUAGGGUGGGAGAGGCCCUCUGCUCUGCAGCAGUUGAUUGACUCAUACCAGGUCAUGUUCUUCACUCUUUUCGCCCUGCUGGCUGGCACUGCCAUCACUGUGAUUGCGUGCCACGCCUUCUUUUCCCCAAGAGAAGCAGCCUAUCAUCCAGCAUUCAUCCAGAAGACUCCGCCUUCCUCAGGCUUUGCCAUGGGUACGUUCAGCAACAACUCGCCUGCAGAGCUGAGAGGCAGUCCCAAACUGCGACUCUACUCCCCGGACUACAACUCCCGCUAGACUGUCCCCGGACUACAACUCCCACUAGACUGUCCCCGGACUACAACUCCCACUAGACUGUCCCCGGACUACAACUCCCAUUAGACUGUCCCCGGACUACAACUCCCACUAGACUGUCCCCGGACUACAACUCCCACUAGACUGUCCCCGGACUACAACUCCCAUUAGACUGUCCCCGGACUACAACUCCCACUAGACUGUCCCCGGACUACAACUCCCAUUAGACUGUCCCCGGACUACAACUCCCACUAGACUGUCCCCGGACUACAACUCCCGCUAGACUGCCCCCGGACUACAACUCCCACUAGACUGUCCCCGGACUACAACUCCCAUUAGACUGUCCCCGGACUACAACUCCCACUAGACUGUCCCCGGACUACAACUCCCGCUAGACUGCCCCCGGACUACAACUCCCGCUAGACUGUCCCCGGACUACAACUCCCGCUAGACUGCCCCCGGACUACAACUCCCGCUAGACUGUCCCCUGGACAAGACUCCCACACCUGCACAGAACCUGCAAGGCUUUCUAGCCCAAAGUGCCUUUUAUGCAGAGGCAGUCAGUACGGCCGAUAUGAUCAGCCUUCUCUUUCGUUGUUUGUGUUGGUUCCUUUUGAAGGGGUGAAAACCAGUUAAGUUGGGAACAUUUGCUUGGUUUUGUUUUCAAAUGAAGUGUGUAUUUUAUUCUGCUGCAGUUCUUUUAACAUUUGAAUUUGUUUCAUUGAGAUAUUUAAAAAAAAUGCUGCGUUUAACCAUAUAUACAAAUUCACAUAUAUGGAUACAUUGCUUUGCACAUGUUUGAGCUUUGCAGACUUAUUUCCAAACCUGUAGAAUGAGAGAGUUCUGUAACUCAGGGUCUUAAUGCACUGAACUGUAGCGUGGAAACCUCUGUCGAGUUUAUCACGAUGUUUUUGUUUAGAAAAUGUGAACAAUAUAACAACCCGUCCCUGUUUGAUGUGUGGGUGGCUUGAAAGCCAAGACUGACUUAUUUAUGUUUCCUUUUAAAAACCCGUAAGAUGUGUUUUUUAUGGUGUGCGGUGUAUCCUGAUCUCCGUAAGCCCCCCUGAAGGCCUGUGUUCCUGGUCUCUGAGCCUGGGGAAGGGGCCCCUCUUCCUGUCGGGAAAUGUGAACCACUCUCGAGUGACAUGCAAGAACAGUCUGUAUGGUUUGUGUUGGUGACAGAAAUGUUUUGCCUCGUACGGUUAUAUUCAUUUUGAUAAUAUUUAAAGAUUUAUUUUUGAAAGUCUGUCUUGACCACAACCUUGGUGUACUGCAUUAUUUUGUAUUUUGUCAGAACUUGGGGCAUUUGUGGUAAUUAUCAUUGACACCGGGUAUUGCGGAAUUAGAUUUGUGAAACUGGUGUCUUUAAGUCAUUCUGCUUCUGAACCAGGAGUAAAUAUUAACGAUGCUUAAAGAGCUCGCUGGGUUUUCUGUUAUUUUGUGAAAUAAACAUUUUUUUUCUAAA